AUGGCUCCCGCCAUUUGGCCCCAGCAACCCGUCGCCUUGCUGCUGGUGGUGCUCCUCGCCGUCGUCCAGCGUGUGAGUGCGUCGGACGCCGCCCAGCUGUCGCUGCCUUCCUACCACUAUGGCGCAGCCAUCUCUGUCGAGUGCAUGAACCGGAGCUCAGAAACAGGCGAGCACAUCGAAGAUCCGGAGAACCAUGAGCUCCAGUGGAUCCCCUUCCCAGUCUGCGAAGAGACCAACAAGCCGCUCGAGUUCCACUACGGCAUCGAGGCCGAAGUGAACUGUACCAUCCCCAUGAUCAGCGACCCCUUCUUCCACCUCCUCGAGUUCUACGUCCACUCCGACGCGCCCCUCUCCUGCCGGCUCCCAUCCCGCCCUCCGCCUCACGUCGAGAUAGUCGAUGAGAAGCCUGUGGCCCAGGAGUAUAUCCCGCUGGUCUUCGCCCUCGCGGGGACCCUGCAGUUCAGCCACAUGCACAUCUCGACACACAUGAAUGUGCUGCUGCACAGCACCCCAAAACACCACAUACACCCCCACGACAGCGGCGUCCUAGACUCCGGGAUCGCCUACAGCACCAGCCCGCUGAGCCACAUGGCCGGCACGGCAACCAAGAAACUGAUUAUUGGGGACCCACUACCGUUGAGCUUCAGCGUGCGGUGGUUCCCCACGCCCGCGCUGCCCAAGACGGAGGGCAGGGUCGAGUGGCAGGGCAUGGGAGGGCACAUCUACGCAAGUACCGUGUUUUACAGUCUGGUGUCGUUUCUAGCGGGCAUUUGUGUCACAGCGGUGUAUUUCUUUGGAAUGGUAUUGCCUAAGAGGCUCAAAGGAAGAGCGCUGGGAGGCGCCACCCCACUGGGUUAUGGAUUGAAUGGCGUUGGCAAUGGCUGGGGAAUCCCAAUGGCGAAAAGGGCUAUCGAUUAG